AGUUGCCACAAAAGAAUAAAUUCUCGUCGGCAAACCGUAUAUACGUCACAGAAAUUAUUACGAUAAAGGUCGCUUUGGAACCAGACAGACACGACGAUUCAUACCAGGGCAAAUGAUGCGAAGGCUUUUGCGCAAAGAGUUUGAAUCGGACGUGGCCAUUUUACAACUGAGUGAAUUAUCGAUAACGACAGCCAGAUAAUGUUGUUAUUCACACAAAUAUUGACCAAGUAACUAUUUAUUCUCCCGAAGAAGUGGUUAUAACGUGGUUUGUCUCGAUAGAACUCGUCGCUGCUAUAAUGGCCGUCAGGAGAGGGAAGUUCCGAGCUUUCUUGAAGUCCAAGAAUCCCACAGAUGAAAGCCACGAUGAAAAAAAUUCCUUUACAAACACUCAAGAUAUUGAAAUCGAAGUGGAAGUCUCAGUUGGACCAAGAGGAGAAAUUAGCGACGCAGAUGUAGAAAUCGCUGGUGGUAACGAUCAGCCUUACAUUCCAGGGAAUCCUGGACUUUUCAUCAUCGAUAUAAGGCCUGGAGGCGAGGCGGACAAACUUUUGAGUCCUGGAUGUCAAAUAGCAAAGAUUGAAGAUGUCGAUGUUACAAAUGUACCCCGUCAAGUGGCUGACAAUUUGCUCGAGUUUGCUGAUAAAUGGGCACGGCUACAUGUCAGGAUGCCCAAAGGCUUAGACGAGGUCUCUGAGGUGUCUUCAAAAGUGGUUUCUUGGGGAACAGUGACCUUUGACACUGACAACAGCGACUCAGGAGUCGGGAGUACCAGUGGAAUAUUGGAAAAGGAAUUCAAAUCAAACUUAGACGCAAGCGAGAAAGUUACUGUGAAAAUUGCGGUUGGACUUUGGGGACAACUUUUGCCUCUUGAUUUUGAGAUAUACGGGGGACAGGAUGAAAAGUCAAUAGACGGAGAUACGGGAAUCUUCAUUAAGGAGAUAAAAGAAGGCAGCUCAUUGUCAAAAGACGUCAAAGUCGGAGAUAAAAUUCUUAAGGUUAAUGGUAUUGACGUCACAAAUGUUCCUCAGCACGCGUUCUUCAACUUAUUACGUGGCGCUGACAAAGAAGUUAAGAUGCAAAUCGCGAAGACUUCCGUCGCAAAGGAUGAUACAGAAAUUCGGGUUUUCGAAGAUGAGGAAACUGGGGAGAAUGAAAGAAUUAUAGAAAUUUCAACUGGUCCUAAAGGACGGAUUGGUAAACUUGGAUUGAAGAUCAAUGGUGGACGAGAUAGGCCUGUUGUACCAGGAGAUCCCGGGAUUUUCAUAACAGCUGUCAAAAGGGGAAGUUUAUUGAAAAGAGUCAUUGGCCCUGGAGACAAAAUACUUAAGAUUGAUGGUGCGAAUGUAACAAACGUUCCAUUAAGAGUUGCUUUCGACAAGAUAAAAGAAGCAGACAGACGAGUGAGGCUACACAUCAAAAAAGCGGAUACCAGUGAGCAUGACAUUUCGGAAAGAAAACGAAAGAGUUUCGCGCAGCAGGCCGCGAGGUCUUUUUCUGAAGAGCAGUUGCAAGAAUACAAGACAGCAUUUUCAGUGUACGAUAGAACAGGAUCGGGUAAAAUAUCUCUGAAACAAGUCAUGCAACUAUGUCGUUCGCUUGGCUAUAAUCUCACAUCAACCGACAGGGAUGUCAUCACUACUGAAUAUAGCUUAACAGGUGACGGUAAAAUCUCUUUCCUGGAUUUCAUUCCAAUAAUAACCAAAAUCAGCUCUUUUCAUCAAAGCGAUUCAGAUCUGAUGAAUGCAUUUGAAGUGUUCGACCGAGAGGAGAAGGGUUUUUUCAGACUACAUGAGCUUGAAGACGCUUUAAAAAAAAUGCCGGGUUCGGAAGAGAUGACAGAGGAUGAACUUGCGGACAUUCUUCAGUUAGCAGAUCCCGAUGGUGAUGGACAUGUUAUCUUUGAAGAAUUCCAAAAUCUCAUGUUGCCUCUCUUCAACCAAAGCUAAUCCAGAAAAUUUCUAUGUUCGCUAAAUUGCGACAAGACAACUAUGGCCAAUGAUGAAAUUAUUUAACAGUAUGCGCUAAGGACAAGAACUGAAACCAUAACCAACAUCAGAAUAAUAUUCUUCCGACAUCGAGGAAAAGUAUUUGGACCAUGAUCGGUUAUGAAUGCAGCUAAUGUUGGCAUAACAUAGUUCAUAUAUAUGAUGUGGAUUGGCAAAAUCUCGCCAAUUUAUGGCAAAAUUUCAUAAAAACCAAUCACUGGAUGAAAAUUUGCAGAUAAAUACGCAUAGUAUAAAUCUAUUUUGGUGAAAGUUCAUGUUUUAACGGAAAACGCACAGCUAUCGAUCGAUUACUGGCCGGGAAGUAUGUCAUUUGACAAGAUAAAGGAGGAUUAUCCUCAUGAAUCCUCUAAAGAGGAAUGAAUAUGUUUUUAGACUUAUUUUUUUAGAUGAAGUAAUUGGUUAUCCACGCUGAACAGGAUUUAAAUGAUAGAUAAUUUUUUUUGACUGUCAUACAGUGAAGUCUUGAUCCGCUCAAUAAAAGAAAUUUGUAUAUGA